CCUGGAUUUAGUAGAGGCUUGAACAGCAGCAAGUUUAGGGGGAAAGAGAAUUUGUGCUGCUCUAGGAAAGCUGACUAGCUGAGAUGUGCAGAAUACUUUAUUCCUUUGUGACCUGCUGCAGUGAGAUGAGGAAGAGCUAGCCUGCAGGUUGCACCCCAGAAGAAACAGGACUGCAGCAGCCAUGGCUUCUCGAGCGGUUUCACGUCUCUCCCAGCCAUGCAUUUGCGAGAUUUGCGACUGUGGGUAUGUAUAUGCCAUGUGCUGGCUUGCGCAAUCAUAGAUCAAGAUACACACCUCCAUCCCCAUUCACGGUUAAGUGGCUUUCGCAGAGCUGUUACGGACAGACAGAAUCUCUCCUCGCUGUGUUGUGGUCCAUGGUCCCGUGGCCAAGGAUGUAUACGAGUUGAUUUUCAGAACGGCCACGUGACUUUUAAUGCCUUUACAUAGUUCCAUCCUUAUUUCAGACAGUGUGAUAUAUCAGUAUAUCAUUAUGUUUAGCUGGUGAUAUGCUGCGAUGUUGAAAACCAUCUAUUGCCCAGCCCUACUGGGUGGCUGGUAGUAGCUGGCCUGACCUAGAAGUUUUGGGGGAAGUGUUGCUGGUAGGGAUCUGGGUGGUCAUUCUUUGCAAUCGGUAGUUUCUUCUGCUUGGUAUGAAUUUGCAUUGCAAAACACAUCAGGUCUUGGUUUUGCCCAUUUUGUUCCAAUGUGAAUUGACUUGGAACAUCCAAAACAUGUUUGCAUCCAUAAACCACCUUGCUUAGGGCAGCUGUUGGUCGUCUAGUAGGGCUUUUCUGAACUGCAUCAGGUAUACUUUCCUGCAAUGGUAACCAUCUCUAUAUGUUUUCUGGAUAUGCAUUAGGACAGUAUGUGUAUAAACCAGUAGUGCAGCUUGAUCACCGGGAACCUCAGAUUUCGUGAUUGCAGUGGAAAACCUUUAACUAUGAAGUGCCCAUGGCAACUUUCUGAUAUCACUGGCUCUAAGCCCAUGUGUUUUCAUGGCUGUCCAGUCAUUGGUUUCAACCUUGCAGUACUCCUUUUUUAAUUCUACACCUCUGAUGCAGUCCAGACAUUGCAUAAAGUCAGCAUACUGACAUUGGGUGACAGUUUUCUUGAGCCUCUGUGGGUCGUGACCUGGAUGCUCCUGCCUGUGCGAGAGGUUGCUUCAAUCUCUACAUCUGGAGCAAUGUGUGUGGGCCCACAGCUGGGGAACUCGAUGUGUUUGGUGGAUUUGGCACAGAGCAGAAACACACACAUCGCCCACUGUUAGUACAUCUGUGUCUCCUUUAUUUUGGGUACAUUAACACUUUUCCUAGCUUUCCACAUCUGUUGCUGUUUUUCCAUGGCACUGACAGUGGUUUCAGAUAUAUUUACAAAAGGAGUCGCGCUGGUGCUGAAUUUGGUCCGCGUUUGCCUUAAUCUCUCAUUUAUGGAUACACUGGCUGCUCAGCUGUCUCUUUCCAAAGUGUCUACAUUUCAGUGGUUAGCGCCACGGACGCCAUGCAGAGAUGUCUGUGAGAAGCUGGUUUUUCAGCACAGCCAGCAGCAAAAUAAUGUUAUUCCACAAUUAUUUGUAUUUGCGGUGUGAAACUCUGUUUGCUUGACACAAUUCAGCACAGUCCAUCCUUUCCAGCUUGAAACAGGAUUAAGUGUUGACAGUCUCCUCCAACCCAUAAUAAGAAAAGAAUGAAGGGAUUGAGUCUAUAGAUGAGGACAAUAACUCACUGGAAGACCCAGAAGUGGGAACUUGUUUAAGAAGUAUCUUUAAAUGUUGGAAUCUAGACUCACAAUAUCGUGCUGUAGUAGAUAUAUAUAGAUUUGUGUGGUGGUGAGUUCUCAUAUUCCUAGCAGAUUUAUCUGAAUUCUUAACAUUCCACCGCACUUGUGUGAUCAAGGAUCUGAACCCAGGGUAGAUCAGAGCAGGCUUGAUUCUCAAUGUCUGGGGUUAGAUGAGUCAGUAAACAGAUGUACCCCACAGACUUCCCCACCUCUUAGGAAUGAAAAGAUAAAGGUAAAGGACCCAUGGACGGUUAAGUCCAGUCAAUGGUGACUAUGGGAUUGUGGUGCUCAACUCGCUUUCAGGCCGAGGGAGCCACCGUUUGUCCACAGACAGCUUCCCGGGACAUGUGGCCAGCAGGACUAAACCGCUUCUGGCGCAACGGGACACCAUGAUGGAAACCAGAGCGCAUGGAAAUGCCGUUUACCUUCACGCCACGGCGGUACCUAUUUACCUGCCUGCACUGGUAUGCUUUCGAACUGCUAGGUUGGCAGGAGCUGGGACAGAGCAAUAGGAGCUCACUCCAUUGCAGGGAUUCAAACCGCCGACCUUCUGAUCGACAAGCCCAAGAGGCUUAGUGGUUUAGAGCAUGGCACUACCCGCUCCCUUAAUGAAAAAGCAAAGUAUAGCAUUUGGGGGACACAGCUACAGUCGAGACAGAACCCAGACACUAAGUGACUUAGCCUUCACUGACAAGGAUCAUGCAGUGUGUCUCUUUGACCGCAGCGUACAGAGGUGUUCUGCCCCCUCAGAAGUCCUUGGAGUAUCUGUGGAGACUUCCUAUGCAAGGAAAAGAGGAAAGGGAGCUGCUAGAUGCAGGCUCUACGUGUUUCAAAUUAGUAUGUUCAGAGGUACAUUUUAAACAACCAAUCUUGCUAUUCGGUCUCUGGUGAUUCUGCUGUAAAGUAGCUUGGACUGUUUGGCAGCAGAGUUGCUGGAGACUAAAGAUUAAGGCUGGUUGUUUUUACGAUGUUCUUCAGGAACAUGCUUAAUUUGAAAUGUCUUAGAUCCAACGAAGUGAACUUUGCACUGAAUGUUUCUGCUUUUUACCAGUAUUGGUGCUUUCCCGUGUCUACAUCUGGCCCGUCGUUUAAAGCCAUUUUGUUUGUAAUAUGUGUUGUAAGGACGUGCGAGGAUGGCCAAACACUUCUGUUUGGGGAAUCUGAAGUGCUGGAAAACCUUGUCUUCUGACGAGUUUAUUGCCCUCAAUAAUUCUCUUAAGAUAGUGGUUGGUAGUACUGAAACAGCUUGAAAGGUAAAGCAAUCUGUACUUCUGCCCUUGAUAAAUACGAAUAUUCAGAUGAUGCAUAACUUGGGCAAAAGGUGCAAAUCCACUCAGAAUUUGAAAACUAGCAAAGCUGUGUAAGAUCGAGCUACAUCCAUUCUUCUAUAGUCUCUCUCUCUUUUAAGACGCAACCUCUGUGAACUUGGCAUGUAUUAUUAUUAUGAUGUACAGGUGGUAACCAUUUUGCCUGCAUUCAGUUGACGUGUGACAGCCGAUGCACAGGUCCUUUUGGACCCGGAGGAGGGGGCGGCUUAUGCAUACUCUACUGUUGUGCAUGGGGGCCAGGAAUGGAAGCCCUGUGCAAAAUGCUCACCCCCCUGUAAGCGCGCGCGCACACACACACACACACACACACACACAGAAUUCCUCGUGAAACACCUAAACCAAGGAAACUUACAACAGCAAAAAGGCCAGCGAACGCCCCCCUCCAAACAAACCCACCUAUAAAACGCACAAACCAUAGCUGCUAAAACAAUUUAGCAAUCCAAACCGGCAAAGGAGAACUUUGUGCAAAGACUGAAGCACCCAAGUCAGUGCAGUCUGUUCCCUCCAACCCAGACAGCCUAUUCAGCAGGAUACCAUGGUUGAUGGAGUCAAAAGGAUUGAAGAAAACUGACAGUGUGUCACACACACCCAUCUGUGUCUCAGCAGAGGUGAUCCCACAGGGCAACAAAAUCAGUUUCCGUUCCGCAACCAGGCCUCAAGCCCACUGAAGCGGAUCUAGUAAAUCAGUGUUGUCCGCAGAGAGUCAUGAGCUGAGCAACCACCCACUCAAACAUCUUGCCAAGGAAGGGAUUUUCUUUUGAAUCCGACAUAUAGUUAUUAACACCUCCUUGAUCCAGCCUAUGUUACUUUAGGAACAGUGCAGUCAUUGCAUCCUUUAAAGACUCUGGAUCCAACGCCUCUUUUGAUGAGGAAUUUACAACCACCUUGACAUAACAAUGUGGAACUUCUGUCUCGUUUGUCCUUUCAGAUGCCUGAUGGCUUGCUGAUGUUUCCUAGCGCAUAUCAUUAUUUGUGACCUUGCCCGCUGCAGGGUAUAACAUAAGGGGAAUGCUGUAUCUAUCAGCAGGAAGCUAUUUAGUCUGGGCUGUGGAGCCAUGCUAGGGAUAUCCAUCAGGACCCUCUGCGGGGCUGGAGAGUGAUCCAACUGCCUGUGUGUCAACAGGGUGGCUAUUUAUUAUUUUGCUCCAAAGAAUAGAGCUGUGUGUAUUUUGCUGGCUUGCUUUGUGCUUUGACCAAGAGAUUUGAACACAUGGGAAGCAGUUUCUCUUCUCAAAAGUUUUUUAAAUGCAUGUAAUGUUCCUUCAUCCUUCACGGCGAGGUGAAAAUAUGUAGACAUGGAUAAAAGUACCUAGUGUGAAAUAUUUACAUUUUAAGAGGGCAUUCAACACCUGCUGCCCUCACCUGAGUAUACAAGCUCCGGAAGCCGUUCAAAUAACUGCAGCAGGAGAAGAACAGAGCCACCGAGGUGCAUUAUUUUGAAUAUUGACUUUAAUGGAAGGCACACUUCAGCCAUUGUAUGUUUGCGAAACAGGCGUGCAUCUGUUCAACAGGUUACCGUAGAGGCGGUGAACUUGCUGCCCUCCAAAUGUCGCUGGACUCCAGCUCCCAUCAUCCCUGGCUAUCUGAAGCCGGGCUGACUGAGGUUGUUGAACUCCAACUCAGCAUCAGUAUCUGGGAGAAGCACAGAUUCCCCAUCCCUAGGUUACAGUGAUUUAGGCUGGAACUAAAGGUUUCCCUUCGCUGACCAAAGGAACUUCUGCCAAGAAGACUUACUGUAUCCACAGAAGAGGACCUUUCGGAUCUGAAUACGAGUCUUCCCAUGAGUAGUUGUUGUUGUGCACCUAAUGUUGUGCAUCUAAAAUCAACAUUGAUGUUCCAGUUGGCAUCUGAUUUUUUUUUCUGAAUGGUAUCUAACAACAACGCUGGUAGGUUCUGGGCUAUGGGAUCUGAUAAUGGCAACUAGCAGAUUGAGGUUGAAUCCUGACAAGACAGAAGUACCAUUUUGGGGGGACGGGGCGGGCACGUGUGGGAGACUCCCUGGUCCUGAAUGGGUUUACUAUGCCCCCGAAGCCUUGGGUAGGCUUGCCAUACAUCUGGAAUUUCCUGGACAUACCCAGAAUACUGCUGUCAGAAGCAGUGCCCCGGCAGAAAUUGGCAUAUCCGAACUUAUGGCAACCCAUGUCGGUAGUGUUUUUGCCUAUUUUCCUUUUAAAAAAGAUAAAAAACGGCAAUUUUGUUUUGCUUAGGAAAUCAGAAAAAAAAUAUUUGCCCAAUCUGGGCUAAUCCAAAGUUGGGCUUAAUGUUCCACUAUAGCCAGAGAAUUGGGGCGAAAUUUAUGGGUAGCAAAUUUUGGACAGAUUGGUUCAAAAUAUGCCACUCUUGAGGCUCAACCUUGUGCAAAGAUUAUUGUUGUACUCAGAUUAUUGUUGUAGCAACAGCAGCCAAGUAGCACCAAGAUGGAGCUGGGGGUUUGCAUUGGGAGUGGUUCAAGAUGAUGCCGCCAUAUUGUAGUCUAGUAAGCUUCUUGGAUGCCCUUUAUCCCCCACUGCUAAGAGGAGAGGAGGGCAGGGCAUAGUCAGGGCCACUGAUCGGUGGUCCUGUUCCUGCGGAAGUUCUCUGUCGCUGUCAAUGAGGUUCUCCUCUGCAUCUUUUUCCCUCUGAAUUCCACAGGGUGGCAACAUAGACCUUAGAAUGCCAGAAUGUGGAGGUUGCUGUUAGCUGUGAGUGCUUUUGCCUCUAUUCACUUGCCUUUGCUCUGCGUUCUUUAAACCUGCUCCAUGCUUUUGGGAAGCAGGUAGCAGAGAGAGAGAAAGAGAGAGAGGUACUUUAAUAAUAAUAAUAAUAAUAAUAGUAAUAAAUUUUAUUUAUAUCCCGCCCUCCCCAGCCGAAGCUGGGCUCAGGGCGGCUAACAACAAUAAAACAGUACAAAAGUACAGCACAAACAACACUCUAAAAUCAUUCAUUAUAAAAUUAAUUAAUUAAUUUACAUUUGAAGGUGCUGAUAACUGCCCACCUUCAUUCCCAACUAGUAUUUUAUUAUUAUUAUUAUUAUUAUUAUUAUUAUUAUUAUUAUUAUUUUUAUUUGGCAAACACCACAAUUCUAUACAAAAUAAAAAAAUUCCAUCCAGUAGCACCUUAGAGACCAACUAAGUUUAUUAUUGGUAUGAGCUUCCGUGUGCAUGCACACUUCUUCAGAUACACCACACUUCUAUGAUUCUAUGUAAUGUAAGGUUAGGGAGAGAAUAGGUGGGGAAGUAUUAGGUCUUUACUCAGUCAAAUAACUAGUCCCUGCAAAUGUGCUCUCCCUCCCUGCUGCUAGUUUUGAAAUACAGUGGUACCUCAGUUUUCGAGCAUCUCGGAAGCCGAACGCUAAAAACCCGGACGUAAUUGCUUCCGUUUUCAAACGUGCCUCAGAAGUUGAACAGCAUCUGCUGCGUUUUUUCAUUUUUUCUCCAUUGACUUUGCUGAUCGCCCUUUGCGCCUCAGUUGUUGAACGUUUCAGAAGUUGAACGGUCUUCCGGAAUGGAUUAUGUUCGACAACUGAGGUACCACUGUAUCUUGCCCCUGUAUGAACCUGCCUGGAGCCUGAGAUCAUCACCCUUUGCUGUGUGCCUUCUCCAAGGGAGGUCCAGAGAGUGGCAACAGGACUCUACACACUGUUGUGUGGUGAGCCAACCUGGUCAUCUGUUUGAUGCCAGACAAAGGCGUUUUUUGUCUCCUCUGCAUUUGGGGAAUAGCGCCCAUGAUAUUGUAUUGGUUAGCCUGUUUUAAAUGGGUUCAAACCGUUUUAUUAUUGCAGUUUUUACUUGGUUGUAAGUCACUUGUGACUCACUUAUCCCCUUAAACUUUGCUGCUCCUGAGCAACUUCUGUUGUGAAAGGAGCAACCUCUCCCUGGCGAUUACUCUCACAUUUGCCUUCCCCAAAUAGGGCUGUGCAAUAUAUUGAUAUACUAUCCAAAACCGCUUUGAAGUCCAUAUUGUGAUACUGGUUUCAUAAUUUUUUUACCUGGCAAUAUAUUGCGAAUCAUGAUGUGUGUGCUAUGCAAAAAUCACAAUGUAGGAAAAAUCGUGGAAGCCAGCCAGUGCCCUUACAUAGCUCCAUCCUUAUUUCAGACAUUGUGAUACAUCGGUAUAUCGCGAUGUUUAGCUGGUGAUCUAUUGCGAUGUUGGAAACCACCAUAUAUUGCCGAGCCAAACCACAAUGGGGGGGGGGCAUCUUGGCUACACUGAGCUCCGUAGAGCAAACCCCAGAGCUUUUCAUCAGUGGGUUGAAUCCAGACUUAGCCACAUUCAGAGCAGACCCAUUGAAAUCAGUGGGACUUAUUAGCAAUGAACCAUGCAGUCCUCACCGUGUCUAUGCAAACUUUAAUCCUGUUGAAUUCCACAGAACCUACUCCCAGGUACUAUGUGUUGAGAUUUCAGCCUCAGCCUAGGAUCCAACCUAGAAGGCCAACUACAGUGGUUGGCAUUCAUACGGACGUUGCUGUAGUCCACUUACCAGUGCUGUUUUCCCACCGGAUGAGCUAUGGAGGCACAGCUGUUGCUGGGGUUGAAGUACUGCCCUUUCAGUAGCAAGAGUGCUAAUACCCCAGCAUUCCUUGUGUGCAGCAAGAGGUUGCUUUCAUCAUCAAUCGUGCUUGUUGGCUCAGAAUGCUUUGUGGAUAAUUUCCCAGCAUGCUUCACAAAAGGAUAGCUUAUUACCAAGGCAAUGGCCCACAGCAUGCUGGGACACAUUUUAUGAUGUGCAUGAAUGUGCUGGCUAGGAUAGGAAAUGAUUCUGAUGGAAUACCACCAGUGGCAGGCUAAAAGCAUGGCUCUCAUAAAAUAACAAAAUACAGUGGUGCCCCGCAAGACGAAUGCCUCGCAAGACGAAAAACUCGCUAGACGAAAGAGUUUUCCGUUUUUUGAGUCGUUCCGCAAGACGAAUUUCCCUAUGGGCUUGCUUCGCAAGACGAAACGUCUUGUGAGUUCUUGCGAGUUUGUUUCCUUUUUCUUAAAGCCGCUAAGCCGUUAAUAGCUGCUAAGCCGUUAAUAGCCGCUAAGCCGCUAAUAGCCGUGCUUCGCAAGACGAAAAAACCGCAAGACGAAGAGACUCGCGGAACGGAUUAAUUUCGUCUUGCGAGGCACCACUGUACAGCCAAACCUCCGUUGUUGAACUUGUUAUGUACUGAAGUUCUCACCCUGGGCCAGCAGGGGGAUAUUGUAGAUAGUUCAGGUCCACAUAUGCAAAUAAGGGAUCCAGAGUGACGUUCAGUGAUUGGAUAGUUACAGAAAAUGGUUACUGUUGCAUUCUAGUGGAGCUCUAUAGAAGCAGGCUGGCUGAACCCUUCAGUACAGUUCUGUUCUGGCCUGUGAAUAAACAAGAGCUGUGUGAAGAAUUGCUGUGUUGUCUGAUAUCUUCACCCACAACUUAACAGAACUUAAUCCUUUUCGGAAGCCCAUUUAGCUUCCGAAAUGUUUGACAACCGAGGCACAGCUUCUGAUUGGCUGCAGGAUCUUCCUGCACUCAAGCGGAAGCUGCGUCGGACGUUCGGCUUCUGAAAAAUGUUCAAAAACCGGAACACUUCCAGGUUUUUGGCAUUCGGGAGCCGAAAUGUACGGUAACGGAGGCGUUCAGGAGCCGAGCUUUGACUGUAUAACCUAGCCUUCUCUUCUAGCAAGUAGUGUUGCACACAAUGACGUGAGAUCGGUUCUGCCUAUGUGAAAAAGCCACGUCCAUAUAUUUUUAUUUAUCGUGCCCUGUCUCUCAGCCCUUGUUUUCUUUCUCUUGGUUGCGUAGCAGAGUUGGAAGUUUCGUUGUUUGUGAAUGAAACAUGACAUGUGAGAAUUUCCUCUUCUGUUUUGCUUGCACCAUCAUAUCAUUUGAGAUUCACAUGAGCGCAGAUAUAUUUUAAAAAAUAAAAUAGAGAGAAAUAACUAAAUAACUCCUAAUGCAGCAAACGCCACGAAGUAACUGUGAAUCUGAUCCAGAACUCAAACGAUCAGAUGAUUUGAACAGGUCCCAUUGUAAAAUCUGCCCCAUCCCUAAUCCUCUUAAGUCGCUGUGGGUGUAUAUCUCUUUCUUCAUCAGCUUCAGUGAAUGGCAGCUUUUUGUGGGCAGGGGGCUUGUAAAAUAAGUCUUGCCUUCUGCCAGCUGAGAACCGACGGCUGACUUUUGGAUUAGGAAAGCUGUUUUAGGCCUCAGAAAUUCUCUGAUCUCUGACAUCCUUCCUUCAGGAAGCUUCUUUCUUAGAUUGGGUUUCACCAAAGGAGGAAAUAUUAUGUUCUACCCAUUUAAUUGGUAUUUAGGAUCUUAAUUACCACACCUGUUUGCAUUUAACUGCCUUUUGCAAUAAGCUUGCACGAUACCCAGUUUGGAAGGAAAACCCUCCUACUUCUCAUCUGAAGAUGUGCUGGGGUAGCUUUUCCUAUAAUCACUUCUUUGUCAUCCUAAUUUUCUGUUAAUGGACUGCAAUAUGUGCUAGGCGACAAACCAUUCUUUAUCUGGUGCUGCUAUGGUCCCAGGUUGCCAUCUGUGCUGCUGAAUUAUUAUAUUUUUUAAAUUUAUAAACACUCGAUACACUCCUAUCCAAACACUCCUAUCCAAAUUUUGGACUUUAUACUGGCAAACAGCUGGAUGCUGAUGAAAGUUUUGCAUUCUGUAUUGCGUUUUACAGUUCAGUGUUCAAUUGGAUCUGGAUUAUGGUGUUGCUAAAAGGGGAGUUAAUCCUCCCCCAUGUCAUUUUCCUUUAAAAAAAUAAAUCAAUCAAUUUUAUUAACAGUUUUCAACCUAAUAUACCAUCAAAUUCCAACUAAACUAAAAAGAAAAUAGAAUACAGUAUAUCAACCAGAAAGGAAACUAAAGAGAAAAAGAAGAUAAAACACAUUAAUAAUCCUCAUAUAAUCCUCAUAAUACACAAAAUUAUAAAUAUAUCUAUGUUGCCCUCGGUCACCCUUAUAUCUCGAUCUUCACAAGAGAGUGGGGGGGGGGGUGCUUCCAUUUUGCUAUCUGCUAAUUGUGUAUAUAACCGUUAUUCAAAGUAUUUAACAUAUAUACUCCUGGUCCCAGCCCCUUCUGCCAUUUUCCUGGUGCAAAUUAAGAAAAACACCUUGGGGCAAACAGCAGCUUCAGGAAGAUUUACACAAAGAAAACUGGGGAGGCUUAAUCCCUUCACCAGAGGCCCGGAUAUAAUUCUCUACUCUGCCUUUAAAGGAGCCACAGGUCCAAUUGUGGACUAGCAAGGUUGCAACUCGUUGAGCCGAUUGGUGCACCUAACCGGUGGCUUUCACAUGCACCAUUUUGCCUAAACCAGAAAACCAGGAAGGAGGACAAAGUCAUUGACUUGAAAAAGCAAGUUAAUUCUGCUUUGCAGGGCUGCCCCGAGCGUGUUUAGGAUUACAGCCUUCAAAAGACAAAGGGAAGUUUUUAAGCGAAUGUCAUGACAGGCCAUCUGCCUUGAGAAAUGUAAUGAUCUCAUGGCGGACCCUUUGCUGACCCUGCGAGCUGACAGUAAAGAAGCUGACCUUGUAAUGACUCUGCCUCGCUGCAGCUUAUAAAGAGGAGACAUUCACGAGAGUCUUUAACAACAUGCUCCAAUGUCUGUCCUCUUCUCAGACUAUUGACCUCAUUCGGAAUUAAUAAAAUGCUCCCAGUGGCUGAUAAAUCACAGCUGACUCUUAUCGCAGCAGCCAGUUCAGAGCACAGAUUUGUGCAUUUUUAAAACUUUGGUUUUGCUUUCCUCAAAAAUAAACUGUACGCAUAUAUACCCGCACUAGAGAACACCAAAGUUUUAUUUUGGAAAACAGUGUAGCUCCAGGGUUGCACCCGGUUUUGCCUUGCUCAAGAGCUUUUGAUGCAACAGAUGCAGCUGCUACCAUAAGAGAAAGGGGGAAGAUGUUCAGCGGUUCCCUCUUUGGCCCCUUGAACCCCUGAAAAUACGACGAUUCACCUUGGAAGGGCUGAAUAGCUUCUCCUCUGAACAUUCAGAGGGAUGGUUCAGAGGAAUUUCUUUGGAGGAGCCCUGAGGUCUCUGGGGCGGAAACUCUGGCGUAUAAAGUAUUGCAGCGCAGUCUAUAGAGUCGCCAUAGCUAUAAAUUAGUAGCAAAGUGGUUGGGGGAACAAAAGGAAUUGGGGAGGACAGAAUGUACUGCUCUUUUUGCGGACAAACCAGACCCAUAAGAUCAUGUUUUAUCUAGCUGGUUUUCUAAUUGUGGUUUUUGUGGAAUGAGCUGGAUCCCACAUGACUUGAGUGACAGCGUGGCUUAGUAUAACGAAAGUCAAUGGAGAAUUGUCAGAUAGCAGGGGACUGUCAACUCUGUUGUUAAAGUGUUGAGUUAGAUUAUGAACGGGCAGGAGCCUGUCUUUUCUGUGAUAUUAUUUGCUGUUACUAAUAAUAAGAGUAAACUUAAAAAUAAUAAUCGUAUCGUAAAAGUUAUUCAAUUUAUAUAGGCUGUUGCGAUGAACAAUGCUCUUGGUUUUAAAACUAUUUUGAGUGGUGUCUCACAUUUUAUUGUACUGUUGUAUGGACAGAUGAUGGCCUUUGGCUAAGCAAUAAAGAUCUGGAUUUUGCUUUUUGUCCACCCUCAGCCCCUUAUAAAACUGCGUGUCCAGAUUGUAAUGUUAAGUGGUUAUUCUGAUGGAUGAAAUACUACUACUACUACUACUACUACUACUACUAAUAUAUGUUUGAGCUGCUGCUUUCCUACUGCACAAGGUCUGAUCAUGUGAUAAAAAGCAUAUUAAAAGUCUUUAAAAAAAUAAAUAAAUAUAUGAAUCUGUUAUUGUCAGUCAGCCUAAUCACAUACCCUGUUUUACACGUCAGCGUGGGACAGGCUGUUACAGAGCCAUAGCUGUCAACCUUCCCUUAUUUAGCAGGAAACUCCUUUAUUACAACUCCGUUUCCCGCUGCUAUCCCGGAUUGUUGAUAUCCCGUAAAUUUCUCGGAUUUCAAAGGAAGCAGCUCCUCUCCCUCCCUGCCGGCCAGGGAGGCUCCUCAACUGCGUUGCUCGGCUGUGUUGCUCACCAAUAAGGAGUCUGAGAAUGACUGGGGGGUGGAGCUUGCAUGCCUUGUGCCGAUCAGAUUGGCCGCGUUGCCUGGGGACUCGCCUUUGCUUCAGCGCUUCCCAGUGGAGAGGUGACGGUGUGGUUUUCCUUGCUGCUGUAUCCCUUUGCGGGGUUGCUGCGCUGUGGGAACCACCGCUUGAGGCUUCGUUUGGCUGCUGGCUGGGCUUUCUGCAUUUGGGCCUUUUCGCUUGGAGGGGCUCUACUCUGUGUGUGUGUGUGUGUGUGUGAGAGAGAGAGAGAGAGAGAGAGAGAGUGAAGGUGUCACUUAAGCUGAUAGUAGGAAUGCUGUAGCUUUACACACUUACCUUCACGCAAUGUGUAAUUAACUUGGGGCUUUUUUUUACCGCAGGAUGUGGUGAGGUCAGUACUUUAGAUUUACAAGGGGAUCUGAGAGAUGAAUGGGAGAUACGGUUUGUCCAUAUUAAUGGACAGCUAAAUAGAAACUUAACCCCAAAAGUUAGGACCAAGAUUCAAAUCCUGACUGGGUAACUUUGCUCACUAGUAACACUGAACCAUGAGGACAAGAUGGUUGGACAUUGUUCUUGAAGCUACCAGCAUGAGUUUGACCAAACUGUGGGAGGCAGUGGAAGACGGGAGUGCCUGGGACAGGUGAGGCUGCUGAUCCCUUAUUUUGGCUGCUGAUCCCUUAUUUUCGAGGCUGCUGAUCCCUUAUUUUCAAAUCUGAAAGUUGACAGCUAUGUACAGAGCUAAUGCACAUAGCAUACAGCAAUGGCUCCAGAGCCUUUGGUUGCGUAUGCACCAUGCAUUUAAAGAACAUGACUCUCCUCAAAUAAUCUUGGGGACUGUAAUUUACCCCUCGCAGCACUACAAUUGCCAGCAGCCUUAACUGCUUAAGAAUCCCCGGGAUUCUUUGGGUUAAAACAUGGGUAGGCAAACUAAGGCCUGGGGGCCGGAUCUGGCCCAAUUGCCUUCUAAAUCUGGCCCGCGGAUGGUCAGUGUGUUUUUACACGAGUAGAAUGUGUCCUUUUAUUUAAAAUGCAUCUCUGGGUUAUUUGUGGGUCAUAGGAAUUUGUUCAUCCCCCCCCCAUAUAGUCCAGCCCCCUACAAGGUCUGAGAGACAGUGGACCAACCCCCUGCAGAAAACGUUUGCUGACCCCUGGGUUAAAAUGUGCUUUAAGUGUAUGCUACAUAUGCAGGCUUGGCCAAUAUGUCACAGAUAAUGAUCCUUGGUGUAAAAAGAGAUAUUUGGCACGUCCUUAAGAGUGGCUUUUCUUUUCACCAAUGAAUGGCAUCUGUGUGUGUGUGUGUUGUACUGGUUGCAUGUGCAAGAUGCCAGCUUUCAUGGCCAACUUGGGUUUAUUGGUGCAUGCAACUGCUGGUCUAUGUUUUAGCAUUUGGGAAGCGUUCGUGGAAUCAGGUUUAUCAUCCAGAGCGCUAUGUUACAACCAUGGCAUUCGGAAAAUGCUUCUGAGCUCUGCAGGAGUUCCUGCUAACCCUGUAGAGGUUUUGGAUUAAAGUCAUAAGCGUAGAGACUUCAAACUUUUGCUUUCCCCAAAGGAGGAGUUGCUUUUCACUGCACCUUUAAGUUUUAUUUCAAAACCACUCACUGUCUAAAAGCAACGGGCUGACAUUUCCAUAUGCCUUUAUCUGCAAUGUGUUUUCAUUUUCUUAAUACUAUUACCACAUCUAAUAUUCCUGUGUGAUACAUUGUGAUGUGUUGCACAUGUAUGCUUUUGCUUCCUUACAUUAUCUCUGUAAGCUAUCCUGCAUACAUAUAUCUUAUAAAAAUAAUCCUAUAAUGUUGAGAUAUUGCAGGCACUCGGUAUUUGUAGUGUCCGGAAACAAUUGAAGAUGUUCUUGUUUCGACAAGCUUUUCCAGCUGGAUGAAGAAUUGUUAGGUCUCUCUGCCUAGGGUGUUUCCCUUUCUUGCUUCUAGUUGUUUUAUUGUACGGUUGUAAACUGCCUUGAAAUUUAUAUGCAAGGAUAUUCAAAAAAUAAGAAGAAGAAUGUAGACCGCUGUUUGCAUGCCCAGGCGCAGUCCCCCCCCCCUUACCCCGGGAGCCAGACCUCAAGGGCAAAGGAGUAGACCCAACAACAUAUUUUGGGAUUAAAAUGGCCCCAACUUUAUUAAAUGUCAGAUGUAGGAAACCUUGGCAUAGGCAUUGGGCAUGUAUCCUUCUCAGCCCCAGUUGGGGGUCUGAGGCAUGGCAGGGUCAAAUAAGAAUAUGGGACCACCGCAAAAUGUGCGUUUACACAGCUGGUCCCCUCCUGUGAUGCUGGGGGGAGCUCUGUGGCCCAUUUGCCGUGUGCUUGUGGACAGAAACUCCCCUUAAGACCCCUCCAAUGGGGAACCCUGCUAUCGCCGCCGGCAUGGAAGGGAUGAGUCACCCCUUCACCCCUUCUGCAGUUGUUAGACUAAAGCAAGGGUUGGCAAGGUUUACCUUGCCUAAGCCGGUUCCCUCCAGCGGAGAUCCUGUGAUUUCCUGUGUCUGCACAGAUGUGAUUUCCGGCGUCUGUGCAGACGCGAUUUCCGGUGCUGUGGAAGCGAGUCCGCACCCCGCGCUGUGCCAGUUUAGCACAGGACGCGGGGACUCGCCAAGUGGGCGACUCAGUUCGGAGGCGGCUUGUGGGCCAGUUAAAUGACCCCCGUGGGCUGCUUGUGCCCCAUGGGUCUUAGUUUGCCUACCCCUGGACUAAAGGAUUCCGCCCAAGACCUAAAACCCCACCCGAGACCGCGGAAUCGCAGUCUCGCCACCAAGACUACCUACAGCUGAAUUCACUCUUCAAGGCUCUGCUUCACGUCUCUCAACUGACGCUCAUUCCCUGUAGGUGUAAGAUGCACUCGGUCAGUUCUGAAAAGGUCCAGUUUGUCAGAUUUAAUUUCUGCAUGUUUUAUCAUUCGGCCACCAAGAUGCAGGGUCGCAUUGCGUAUAGCCCUGUUGAUUUUUACUAGGGCGUAGCUGAGGCGAGAAGGCUUGAAAGCCCCUCUCCAUUUCAAAUGCAGAAGGAGCUCAGACUAGAAGAUGGUGGUAUCAGGGGGAAAUUGUCCUAAUUGUUUCAAUAUCUGCAAUUGCUGCCAUGAUUAGAUGCUCUUUUGGGUGACCAGGUCAUUCUCGCCCAGGUGAAUCAGCAAGGCGUCUGGGGGUCCGUGAGAAGUGUUUUCGCGUUGCAACUUUGGCAGGAGGGCAUCCCAAUGCACCCGUUGUUGGCCCAACCAGAAUAAGUGGACUCUGAGGUGGAUGCUCAGAUACUCACCCCAACGAUUCACAGCUGUGUGGACGCCUGCCCAGUGCAUGACACUGUGGCCAAGGAUCCAUAUGUGCUUGCUGGGGGUAUCACCAGUGUUGAAGCAAUGAUUCUUCAACAUCAACUUCGUUGGACUGGUCAUGUUGUGCAGAUGCCUGAUUCUCAUCUUCCAAAGCAACUACUCUAUUCCGAACUUAAAAAUGGAAAGCGUAAUGCUGGUGGUCAACAAAAGAGGUUUAAAAACUGUCUCAAGGCAAAUCUAAAAAAUUGUAGUGUAAACACUGACAACUGGAAAACACUGACCUGCGAGCGCUACAAGUGGAGAACAGCUUUUACCAAAGGUGUCAUGGGCUUUGAAGACACUCAAACUCAGGACGCAAGGGAGAAACGUGCUAAGAGGAAGGCAUGCUUGGCAAAUCCACACUGUGAUCCACUCCCGCCCGGAAACCAAUGUCCCCACUGUGGAAGGAUGUGUGGAUCCAGAAUUGGCCUCCACAGUCACUUAUGGACUCAUUCUUAAAACCGUGUUUAUGGAAGACAAUCUUACUCAGCUACGAGUGAUCACCGAAGAAAGAAGAAGAAGACCUGUGAAAGGAAGAGUUACAGGGACUCAUCAGUGAUUGCCAACCGGGGCAAAUGUACACCUUAGAAUGCAAUUGGCCCAUGGCCUUGAUGUGGUCAGGGAACAUGCCCCAGGCAUUGCAGCCCCAAUGUGGAAUGAGUGCCCUGAGAAGCGGCUGGGAUUGCCUCCGCAAACCAAAGUAACCUUUCUCAAUACGGCAGUGAACUGAUGCCUGGACAGAGGGCGGGCGUUAGCAUGAAUACGGAGGUGGCCACCAAGGACCCUCAAGAACCUACGGGUGUUGCAGACUGGGCAAGAGCCAUUGUGUGGCCAGGGGGCCAGAGUCCAGCUGGUGUCCCUACAUAACCAAUUGGUUUCAGAGGAACGUAUUUCGAGUUUCAAAGACCCCUCUUGAAAUUUAACAUUCUUGAUCCACAAGCCUGCAUGGGACAAUGAUGCCGCACUCCCAGUGCACUCGCCGAUGUGCAGAGCCCCAAAAAAGGCCAGUGAAUAUGCGGCUCAGAAUAAUUUAACCUCUGAGGUGGACCAACGUACACUGCACAACUUGUCCCAAAUCAACCGCAAGGUCUUAAAGGUAAUAGGCUUUCUGCUGUCUGGCAAUGCUGGGUCCCUGCAACACCAUACCGUGAUUAGUUUUUUUACAUGGGAAGUAUUACAGGGGUCUGGCAGCCAAAAACAUUGGCUAAAAUAGGAGAUAGCCGCCCUGUAAGGGCUUGUGGUCUUUCCGCUUGAGGAAGACCAGGUAUUUUAGAACAUCAGAUUUAGCAGUGGAAUGCCUUUGAAAGGAACAAGGCUCUAAAUCCUUCAAAAGAUGACCACACUCUUGAAUAGGCCAGCGGUGUGGUGGAGCUCGGUAGAGGCAUUGGCUGGCUUCACAGUUUCCCCCACAUUGUGAUUUUUGCAUCUCACACACACACACACACACACACACUGAUUUGUGAUAUAUUGCCACGUCAGAAAUUAUGAAACUGAAAUCACGAUACGGAUUUCAAACCAGUUUGGGACGAUAGACUGAUAUAUCACCCAGACCUGGUGGGGAUGCUGCCAUCUUGUGUUUUGCCUCGGGCAGCAAAAUGUCUCAGGCCAGUCUGUCAGCCAACUUUCAUGCUGUGUAGGGUUGGUUGGAGCGCUCUCUUUGGCUGAGGUGUGAACUGAGUAAGGGUCCACCAAUACUCAAACCAUUUCUUUCAGUGCACUUCUUCAAAACCUGGCAGUGGGGUGCUGCACAGCUCUGCAGCAGAGCGCAUAUGGUUCACCCACAAGUUCUCUAAUAUUGGUCCCAGUGGCGUAGCGGCAAUUGCUGGUGCCCAGGGUGGAGGUGCAUGUGCUGGGCAAGGGGUGCCCGCCCAAGCCCUCACCACUGAAACAGGCAGAGUGACCUCACCAGAGCAAAGUGGGGCCACGCUGAGGCACCUGCCCGCUCACUCAGGGGGAAGCCCACCUGGCCAAUGUUGCAUGUGAGCAUGUUACAGUUUCCCAAGUGUCUCUACGUGAAUAAGGGUGGGGAGAAAUUCAGUUCCGUUCACAAUUAGAAUCAUAGAGUUGGAAGAGACCACAAGGGCCAUCGAGUCCAACCCCCUGCCAAGCAGGAAACACCAUCAGAGCACUCCUGACAUAUGGUUGUCAAGCCUCUGCUUAAAGACCUCCAAAGAAGGAGACUCCACCACACUCCUUGGCAGCAAAUUCCACUGUCGAACAGCUCUUACUGUCAGGAAAAUUAAAGGCAUUUCCCUAUCUGUGCUUCCCAAAACAAAAACCCAGCCAUUCUGCAAAGCCCACACUUCUCCAUAUUUCGCAGUGCAAUUCUCCAAAUGAUAGUUACAAAAAUGCACAUAUGUUUAUAUGAGGAGACAGUCACACUAAGAUGCCAGUGAAUAUUCACGAGGAUUUUUUUUUUAAAAAAAAUGCAAACUGAUGUAGAAAUGUGGAGAACUGUAUUUAAGGUGGUGGUGUGGGGGAUGAGAAACUGAAAGAAAUCAAAAUUGACAGAUUCACCCAUUCCCAUACACAAAUCAUAAUCUGGUAAUUGUGUGACGUCAUGCAAUUUAUAUGAGACUUUUGAGCACUUUCCUCCAAGGACAUGAUCCCUGUGUCUUGAAAAUCUGAAUUACCGGGCCUGGAUAGCUCUGUUGGUUAGAGCGUGGCGCUAUUAAUUUCAAGGUUGCAGGUUCGAUCCCUGUAUGGGUCAGCUGCAUAUUCCUGCAUCCAUGGGGUUGGGAUCCCUUCCAACACUACGAUUCUAUGAAUAUUCAGUAGCCCUCAUUUUUUUUGCUGUAUUAGUGCCCCAUUCAGGAAUUUGGGUCUCUGGUAACAUCGUUUCCUGGCUGCGGCCUCAGGAGAGCAAGACAACACUUCCAUGGUGCUUGGUUCAUGUGUGCUCUUGAGGCUCAUUCCCCAAUUUCGUGUCACAAAGGCCCUUGUUUCAUGAAGAGGGUGAACCUUUGAGAUGCUGUCAGAUCCCUUUCUAACAGCACUCCAUCUAGUCACACCAGCUGACAACUUGGGGGCUAGGACUUUGGCCAAGCGCAUAGAAAUCCACCCAAUUCACUUCUAAUUACCAGGGGUGAUUUUAACAAUGCAAAGUCGAGGUCAUAAAGUAAGCAGGAUAGCACUCAUCACUAUCAAUGAAAGAUCUUUCUUCCGCACCGCCUGCACAUGGAUCAUAAAGAACCUCUGCAGCUCUAGGUGUUACAGAAAAGCCUAUUUCAGCUUGGCGGGCCAUGUGUUUUCAGCCAGCCAAAUCACUGUAGACUCCGAAGAUGAGCUAGCAAUAUUGCUUCAAGGCAGCCAAUGCAACACAGCAACACCUUUAACUGCAGAAGGUGCUUUAUAAUACUUUAGCAAAGAUAUGGAUUGAAGAUUUUCCAUGGUGUAGGUUGAUAUCAAUAAUAUUCUCCUCCAUAGCCCAUGAGUGUUUGUUGACAUAUAUAUUCUACCAUGCAGUGCAAAGAGUUCCUGUAUAAACACAGAGCAUCCCCCAAAAUCCUCUGCCAUGUCAAGGGGGUGGGGCAGGAGGCAGUAAGAUAAUUCUAUUGAAAUGGCCAGGCCAGAAGUACGGUUGGGCAAUACCUGGUUUCCAGCGUUGUGAUAUAUCACCAGCUAAGCACCGCGAUGGGACGCGGGUGGCGCUGUGGGUUAAACCACAGAGCCUAGGACUUGCCGAUCAGAAGGUCGGCGGUUCGAAUCCCCGCGACGGGGUGAGCUUCCGUUGCUCGGUCCCUGCUCCUGCCAACCUAGCAGUUCGAAAGCACGUUAAAGUGCAAGUAGAUAAAUAGGUACCACUCCAGCAGGAAGGUAAACGGCAUUUCUGUGUGCUGCUCUGGUUCACCAGAAGCGGCUUAGUCAUGCUGGCCACAUGACCCGGAAGCUGUACACUGGCUCCCUCGGCCAAUAAAGUGAGAUGAGCACCACAACCCCAGAGUCGGUCACGACUGGACCUAAUGGUCAGGGGUCCCUUUACCUAAGCACCAUGAUACACUGAUAUAUCAGAGCUUUCCAAGCUUUUCAUGUUGGUGACACACUUUUUAGACAUGCAUCAUUUCACAACACGGUAAUUUAGUUUUACUAGCAAACCAAAGGUUAAACUAACCCCUUUCCGACCCUGAGAGGAGCACGGGGAGUGUUCAUGUGACACACCUAUACACUGCAGUUGACACACUUAACGUGUCACGACACACAGUUUGGGAAGCUGUGUGAUAUAUCACAAUGUCUGAAAUAAGGAUGGAACUCUGUAGAGGCAAUGGCUGGCUUAAUGGUUUUCCCCACAUUGCAAUUUUUGCAUAACACACACACACCAUGAUUCGUGAUAUAUUGCUGGGUCAAAAAUUAUGAAGCUGAUAUCACAAUAUGGACUUCAAACUGAUUUUGGAUGAUAUUUUGAUAUCUUACUUAUCUCUAGCCAGAAGCAAUCUAGAAACCUGGAGAGAUGUGCUUCUGCCAACCUGACUGCAUGGCUACUUUGCCCAUAUUGUCAAAGUGGCUUAGAUGAGGGUCUCCAUGUGGAAAGGAUUUCCCUGGCAUGAAGAUCAUUUAUAUUGGGGAUGGGGAACAAAUUUUGUUGUUCUUCGAGGUCUGCAUUCCAGUGGUGAGUGGGAGCAGAAGGGGAUGGAUGGGGCAAAGGCUAUGAUGCUAAACUUUGCUCACUCAACUCCCUUCCAACCAUGCUAACCUGUAUCUGGUCUAGCAAAAAGUGUUAUCUCACAUCAUGGGACGUUCUAGCCAGGCCAAAGCAAUCCAGGAGGCUGUGGAGCAGGACCCGCAAAGGGUGUGACUUGGGGGAGUCCUGAGGGCAGAAGGAGAGGCCCGAGGUUCCUCACUGGAUAUACAUAUGGGAAACACAAUAGUGUGGAAAAAUAAGAUUGGUAUAACUGACUUGGGAAUUGGGGCUGGGGGUAUUCAUCCUACCUCACGAUGACCUUCAUAAUGAGAGCCAGAGAAGUGCAGUGGCUAAAGUGCUUGGUUGGACUGGAGAGGGUUGGGUUCAAAUCUUGCCAAGUCAGGAAGCUCUCUGGGCUGGCUUGGGCCGGUUUCUCUCUCUCUCUCUCUCUCUCUCUCUCUCUCUCUCUCUCUCUCUCUCUGUGUGUGUAUGUGUGUGUGUGUGUGUGUGUGUGUGUGUGUGUGUGUGUGCCUAGCCUAUCUCACAAGAUUGUUUGGAAUGAUGAAGUAGAUAAGUCAUACAUACAUCACCCAGACCUCUUGAGAGUAAGGUUUUGGAGGCCCGUAUAAUACAUCUCUGCAAAUAAAUAUUUUCUUUGUGGCGCGGUGGGUUAAACCACAGAGCCUAGGACUUGCCGAUCAGAAGGUCGGUGGUUCGAAUCCCCGCGACAGGGUGAGCUCCCAUUGCUCGGUCCCUGCUGCUGCCCACCUAGCGGUUCGAAAGCAUAUCAAAGUGCAAGUAGAUAAUUAGGUACUGCUCCAGCGGGAAGGUAAACGGCGUUUCCGUGUGCUGCUCUGGUUCGCCAGAAACGGCUUAGUCAUGCUGGCCGCAUGACCCGGAAGCUGUACGCUGGCUCCCUCGGCCAAUAAAGCAAGAUGAGCGCCGCAACCCCAGAGUCGUCUGUGACUGGACCUCAUGGUCCCUUUACCUUACUAUAAUACAUCUCUGCAAAUAAAUAUUUUCUUCAUAUCCCACCCAAUAACAAAGGUCAUGAUGAUGCAACCAAAAGAGAAGGGGCAGCAUAAGAGAUAGCUAGGUAGAAUCCAACUCUUGCUAAGUUUUUCCACAACCCCCAGUCAUUUGCUGGCAGUGUGCUGAGCACAUUGCAGCGCCCCCUCCUUUUACCAAACAAGCCGCUCCACACAGAAAAAGAGCUGAAAUAUUCCUUGCCCCCCCCCCAAACGCAUGAGUAGCUCACUGGACGCAACUCUUAUUUUCUCCUCAGUAAAUUCAGGUUGUUUUUGUAACAGCUGCAAAGAGAAAAAGGGGGAUAAGAUACUUCAAUUAUUUUUAAGUGGUUAAUUUCUCUUCAGAUGACAAAAAGGAUCAGGCCAACUUGAACAAAGUCGCUGAGAUAUAGAACAAUGCCAGAAAUUUGCUGUACUUAAAAGAAAAAUGCAUUUGGCUUGAAUAUUUCUCUUUGCCUGACUCGGGAAAGGAAGUUUGUUUAGGUCAGCGAGAAGAAUGUUUGAGCUGCUUCAGAGCUUGCCCUGGGGAUUCACGGCUAGUGCUUUAUGAUUUGCACCGCUAUUUAACGACCUUUUAAUGAUCUGCAUGAACUUGGAAUUGCACUUGUGUGCAGAUGAUGUCAUGCACCAGGCUGCUUUGACAAUGUAAGUCACAAGUACAAAAAUGUGUGGCUUUCUGAUCAACUAGAUGCCAGUUCUGUGGGCAGUUGGUACUAAAGACCUGCUGCCAUAAAUAGAGUAUAUUUUCUAACAUUAAAUUACAAUAGAGGGUCUCUGCGAUGGUCUGAUUUAGGGCUGAUUUAAUAGUGGUAAUAACUUUGUAUGUUUUACUCCAGUUCUGUACAAUGAGAUUGCCACUAUUUCUGCUGGCCCAGCCAUUGUGACUUCAAUGGGGCCAUAGCUAAGAGGUAGAGGUCCAUUUGACCAUAUGCAUUGGUUCUAAAUUUCACUUCCAGGUGUUGAAAAUAGAUCCCAACCACUAUUUUCCACUCUCCACUCCCUUAACUGAUAAGUUUGGAACUGAAGAUUCUGAAUCCAGAAUUUGGAAUUUCUAACAAUUGGGAAAUAGAUGGCCAGAGUGGUGCAUGCUCUGGUUAUCUCCCACUUGGACUACUGCAAUGCGCUCUACGUGGGGCUACCUUUGAAGGUGACCCAGAAACUACAACUAAUCCAGAACGCGGCAGCUGGACUGGUGACUGGGAGCGGCCGCCGAGACCAUAUAACACCGAUCUUGAAAGACCUACACUGGCUUCCAGUACAUUUCCGAGCACAAUUCAAAGUGUUGGUGCUGACCUUGAAAGCCCUAAACGGCCUCAGUCCAGUAUAUCUGAAGGAGCGUCUCCACCCCCAUUGUUCUACCCGGACACUAAGGUCCAGCACCGAGGGCCUUCUGGCGGUUCCCUCACUGCGAGAAGCCAAGUUACAGGGAACCAGGCAGAGGGCCUUCUCAGUAGUGGCGCCUCCCUGUGGCACACCCUCCCACCAGAUGUCAAAGAGAACAACAACUACUAGACUUUUAGAAGACAUCUGAAGGCAGCCCUGUUUAGGGAAGCUUUUAAUGUUUGAUGUAUUACAGUAUUUUAAUAUUUUUUUGGAAGCCGCCCAGAGUAGCCGGGAAAGCCUAGCCAGAUGGGUGGGGUAUAAAUAAUAAAUAAUAAAUUAUUAUUAUUAUUAUUAUUGGACUCUGAGGGUGAUUUUUGUGAAUCAAGAUAAACCCAGAAGUAUGGAUGAAUCAAACUCUCUGUUUGGGUUUCUUUGAGUUUCUUGUUUCUCCCGUCUUAACUUCAGUUCAACACAUUCCCUCAUCAGUUUGCAUUCUUGAAAAACCUCAAAGACUUGUCACCAUUUUAGCGUGCAUUUCUUCUAGAAAAUUUUGUAUGUACUUUUGCCCAAUAUACAUGUUUUUGGAAGCAAUUUAACCAAAUGUUUGGGUUAUGUACUCUGUGGUCUGUGUUUGCCUGAGCUUGAGUCUGGACUAAGGAUUCUGAACCCCUGUGUUCUGAUUCGAUACAUGAUAUCCAAUCACAGAGCAUUUCAGGAUUUGGGCCUCUGCCAUUGGCCCUUAAAACUCUGAGUCAUGAUUCGCAGCUUGGGAGUUUAGACAGCCAAUCACGUUGGGAGUGGGAGUGGCCCAGUCCUUCAGAAAUGUAUAUAAGCAGUUGCUUUGCCCCUGUUGUCCAGUUCUGGUAGUUCAGUAAAGGUUAUUGCUGUUACCGCUGUGUCUUGUCUCAUGGGAACCCACCUACACUUCAGUUUGUGUAUUGCUUUCAAUAUGCAUUUCAUGUGUAUGCUUUUUGGGGUGCAUACUUUCUCCUUAUACACUUGUUUUUGUACACAAGUUUUCAACUCACGAGAAGCGCAAACUAUUUAUUUAUUUUUUAUUAGCAAAAACAUAUAAAUACAUAGUUAACAAAUACAUACAUUAAUAACCUAUAUGAAAAGAGGAAAGGGGGAAAAAUACACGUCAACGUAAAAAAGAAGAAGAAAAGAAUAGAAAGAAAAGGAAAGAAAAAACAAAAGCAAAAAAGAUACAAAUUGACAAAACUUAACUAUAACAGAAUGAUAACUUAAACAUUCUCAAUACCUAUCACCUGAUAGAUUCUAUUUAAUAUGAUUCUACCCUGUGUUGGUAUUUCUUAUAUGUUGUGAACCUUCGGUGUGGGUUGAAUCUCUUUACUUAUUUUUUAUUGUAGACUUCCUUCUGCCUCAUUACAGUUUCAGUUCACAUUAACCUACUCUUUCCCCCUGUCUUCAUUGCUUUAUCCUCAUCUUGGAGAAGUGCAAAUUUUAACUGAUACCAGCAUUCUGGUUUGCGUAUUGUUUCAGGAACUGUGAAUUGGGUAAUGCAAAUCAAACUGAAUUCCAACCCUGUCCCUGCUCAAGAGGCCUGGGACCAGAACCUUCUCUCAACUAGGAAUGUUCCAGAUUGUUCCCAUUAAAUCACCUGUAGGCAUUCCAGCAUUUCUUGGAUUUCGGCAGAGGGAGAGGGAGGUCAACUGAAUUUUAAUACAGGAAAGGCAGACUUAUCUCUGAAUGCAACUGUCAAUAUUCCCUGAGGGGAUUUACAGUAUUCAUUUGCAGUUUUGCCUAAGGUUCCCACAUUUUAAGCAGCAGCAACAUUGCCUUACUUCACAGGUGAGGUAUAAAUUAAUUUCAAAACGGAAAAGCAUUCACAUUUAAACUUGGCAGGAAACCAUACUUCUGUGACUCUGAGCCCGGCUUUGGCUGGGGAAGGUGGGAUAUAAAUAAGUUUAUUAUUAUUAUUAUUAUUAUUAUUAUUAUUAUUAUUAUUUUAUUAUAGGAAGGCUUGCCGUCCUUCUUCUUCCCCCUGUACAGUGGUACCUCGGGUUACAUACGCUUCAGGUUACAUACGCUUCAGGUUCCAGACUCCGCUAACCCAGAAAUAGUGCUUCAGGUUAAGAAUUUUGCUUCAGGAUGAGAACAGAAAUCGUACUCCGGCGGUGUGGCAGCAGCAGGAGGCCCCAUUAGCUAAAGUGGUGCUUCAGGUUAAGAACAGUUUCAGGUUAAGAACAGACCUCCGGAACGAAUUAAGUACUUAACCUGAGGUACCACUGUAAAGUGUUUUAGGGCUAGCUCUGGUGAACCUGUGCCAUGGGAAAGGAUCUCUGCACAUGCUCCAAGGAUCUCUUCUUUAUUAAUAUGUCACAUGUCUCAGUCCUCAGCACUGUCCCUGAAAGCAGUCUGCAGAGCUGAGUUGAGACAAAGAAAGUUCUCGUUUUGUACGCCGACUAAUUCCUAACCUUUGUGCUUCCUCCAGGCGCCAUCGUUGCCCUCAUGUAACCAGACCCUUCGAAAUGAACGAGAAGCCGUGUCUCCUCACUGAGUAUACAGAGAAAUACCCACUUUAUCCCAACUUUGAACCCAGAGAAUCCUGCAAACCCGUCAUAGAGUACAAUAAGCAGCCAGUACCAAUGGAGGGCAUUUCUACUAUGAGGUAACAAAUUGGCAAGUGUUGGGUAACUGUGAGCCAAGAAACAGACAUACCUGGGGAAAGAUGUGUGUUGCAGUCCCGUGGGGGGGGUGAAGUUCUGAUUUUCGGGACUUGAGGAGGGAAAUGAUGAAGGGUUUGUUAUCCUGCUGAAUGGAGAGAGCAGAGAGGGCAGAAUGGAUGUUGCUCUAUCACCAAUACCUCUUGGCAACACCCUGGUUAGGUUUGGACAGUCAUAUUUUGGCCUCAUAAACUGAGACAGGGAAGAUCAGUCCAAUGUUUAUUAUGGUGAGCGGACCAUCAAAGGAGAACAGAGCAUAAAAAAAUAUUAAAUCACAGCCAUUGCAGAACAAGGCUUGACAGGUGGCAAGGGGACACCUAGCUACUUUGCCACGAAUUCAAAUAUCCAGGGCCUGAUAAGCUGCGCCCAAGGGGUACUAAAGGAGCUCACAGAUGUCAUCUCAGAGCCUCUGCCUAAAAACUGAGAAUUCUUGCAGAACAGGAGGUUUUUGAACUGUCCCUAGCUAAGAUACUCAAGAAUGUAUGGAUGCAGCCUUAUCUAUGGGGCUUCAUUAGACUUGGAAGAAGAGGCUAUGGGGUGGAGAAGGAAGCAUAGUUUGUUUUUGUUUUUUUAAAUAAUUUUUAUUAAGUUUUCCAUUUAAAAAUCUAAUCAUAUCGCAUUAAGUAAUCCGAAUUAUACCAAUACAUAUCAUAAAAUCAUAAAAUCCAAAUAUUUUGCCGAAUUUUUAAAAUUUUUGUUGGGGGUACCCAUGUUUUGAGCUCAGUAAGGGUCCAAUCAUCUCAUAUUUCUGCUGCUUUGAUGUUCACAAGUCAAGGGAGUACAGUUUGUAAACAGCAGCAAUAAUAGCAGCAGCAGCAGCAACAGCAAUGUCCUGCUAAGCACAAUGCUUGUGAGUUUCUUUUUCUUUAAACAAUUGGCCUUUAACAGCUGCCAAGUUAGGACCCACUACAGAUUCCCAGCUUGAUUACCACCAUACAGAUAUAUCAGGGGGGAAAUAAAAAGUGUAUCCUCAAGUGCAUGUUUGGGCUAGAUAUGGGACUUGGGUGUAAAAAAAUUGAAGACUAUUAUCAUUUAUGAUGAUUAAGUUUAUUACCUGCCUUUCACCAGCAGGUCCCAGGCAGGUCACAAUAACCUAAUAUUCAACAUUAGGAACAGUUAAAACAAAUCACAGUUGUGGGAACAGGGCGAGUUGGCUUGUCAACCCAGAUCCCCUGCCAGCUUCCAGGGGCAUCCAAAUAUAAUGUCCAAGAACAUUAUCUAAGGACAGGUGCAAUAUAGACACAUGUUUUUCCUCGGUUCUAGAUAUUAACACAAGUGAGCCAUGCCGGCGUUCUUGUUUACAGGAGAGAUUACGUCCCUCAUGAAGUGUCGCCUAUAAAGUUGAGGCCGCCCGAACAAUAUUUCAAGAGUAAUGCAGCUAUGGACCUGUUGUCUACGUAUAAGCAAGACUACAACCCUUACCCCAUUAAUCGAGUGCGUCCUUGCAUGCCUCAGGAACGGAAAUAUUCUUCCGAUGACAAGAUGACCACAGUACCAACGUACAAAGGUAAGUGUCAAAGGAGCUAUUUUAUAAGGCGGUCUGCUUCUUUGCAACGUCUUGGACAUGCCAUGGACACAAUCCUGCUCCCCACCUACGCAUGCCGAUUGUGCAUGCAUGUCCCUCUGUCCCGUCUUCCCCGGCCCUUCGAGUGUGUGGAUUCAUCCCCUCAACGACGUUAGCGUCCCAAACCGAAGUGCUUAAACUACCUGCAGAUGAACCAUAUGAAAACCUUAGGUAAUGAUUUGCAGAGCCUUUGCCGGGGUUCCGAGAGCCGUAAUGAAAUGCAGCCCGGCUACAUUUGGUUGCAAUUUACAACUUUUUAUCACAAUUCUCUGCAAAUGGAAAUCCCCAGCUAAUAAUUGGUUCCAUGGUCUUGGGUAUAUUGUGCUGAUUCAUUGUUUAUAGGGCACAUUUCAUCGAUUUGGAGGACUGGAACAAAGUGGCGCUUUCUAGUAUUCAGGCAGUUAUAUCCCCUUAGCCAGAGUCAGACCAAUUAAACUGCACUCACAAAGUUCCUGUGAGUUGGGGUCUCCAUUCACUUAAAUGGCGGAUGGGAGGCAGCUGCUUCCAUCAGUAGAAUGGGGAAGGAGGCAGUUCCUUCUCCCCACGGCAGCUCCUGCCCACCCUAAGUUAACUCCGGAGGAUUUGGAACAGUGCCGGAUUUAUGUAUAAGCUAAACAAGCUCUAGCUUAGGGCCCCACUCUCUUGGGGGCCCCCAAAAAAUUUAAAGGAAAAAAACUUGGAUUAUAUUUCCAAAAUAUAAGAUAAAAAAGUAAUAAAAUAAAACCUACAUCCAGCAACAGUGUUUUGUGUUGUGUAGGCUCCUAUGAUGUAAGUCAGGCAUAGGCAAAUUCGGCCCUCCAGAUGUUUUGGGACUACAACUCCCAUCAUCUCUAGCUAAAAGAACCAGUGGUCAGGGAUGAUGGGAGUUGUAGUCCCAAAACAUCUGGAGGGCCGAGUUUGCCUAUGCCUGAUGUAAGUAAUGGGCCCCACCUGCUAGCCUGCUCCCUAAAAUAUCACUGGUUUGCUCAUUUCUAUGUAGAUUUCUAUAUAUUUCUAUAUACCUUGGUUCUCAAACUUAAUCCAUUCCGGAAGUCCGUUCCAAAACCAAAGCGUUCCAAAACCAAGGCACGCUUUCCCAUAGAAAGUAAUGCAAAACAGAUUAAUCCAUUCCAGACUUUAAAAAACUACCCCUCAAAACAGCAAUUUCUUCUUAAAUGUGAUUCACUAUUAAUAUACUUCUUCUUUCUUCUUAAUUGUAUUUCAGUUCAACAAUUACUUUGAUGAAAAUACAUAUUUUGUUAUGUGCAAAUGGCUUUAGAUACCUAUUAGGUCCAUAAAUUACUAUAUAGCAUAUAUUCAACACAAAAAACAGCGACCAUUUGUUGUUGACAAAGGACAGCUGGACAUAUAGAGGGCCCCAUUCCUUUCAGUAGCUGAGGGCCUCAUCAAACCUAAAUCUGGCCCUGCUUUGGAACAAUGUGGGAGGGGUGCACUGGGGCAGAGGACAAUUGCCCCCAAUUGCCUCCCUCCCCUUUCUGCUGAUGGAAGCCUCUGAUACAACCCACUUUCCCCAUUUCAUAGAAUCAUACAAUUAUAGAGUUGGAAGGGAAUUUGUGGUGCAGGGAUCAGACCCACCAAUGCAGAUCCAUGUUACCCUGUUAUCUUUCAAGGUCAGGUAUGGGACAAUCCCUUCCAUUCAUUAUAUGGAGAUAGAAUAUAAUUGAGACAGAAAUGAGAGUGAGAGGGGAAAAUGCAGUUUUUGCAUUUAUCUACAUACACCCCAGCCAGACAGUGUGGCAGAAAAUGAUGCUAUCAGGUCACAACGAAUGCCUUGCAGCUUUGCAGCAUCACCCUGUGUAUUGUUCCAGUCUUCUCAUUAUCUCCCAGAUACACUCCUGAUCUCGCCAUAGGUAGAUAAUUUAAUUUUAGAGUCAUUUUGUUUGGCCAUGCUGAGGUCUGCCUGAGCCUUUUUUUAAACAUGUGGUGCGCAUCCUUGAUUCCCUCCCCUGUUUCCUAAUUUUUUCAAGAUGGUGAUACAUGGGAAGCCAUUAAUACCCACCAGAGAAGAAGGAGAGUUUCAAUGAAAUUGUAACAUAUUUUGAUGGUGGAUAGUAGCGCUGUUGGCUCCAACAAAGUAAAAUAUAUUCAUAAUACCUAGGAGAGCUCCAAAUGUGUGGAGUUCAUUUUAACACACACACACACACACGUGUGCAAUGGAAGACAUAUGGAAACGUUUGCCAUCUUCCAAAUAUUGUACAAAACUCCCAUAUCAGCAAACAUCCUAGGCCAGAUUAUCACAAGUCAUGGCAAACUCUGGAAAUACUUCCGUAUGUCUUCAACGGCCUACAAACAGUGUUUUUGAAAGGUAAUCCUUAUAAAUUUGCUCCAUGGUUGCGUAGAGACUGCGUUAAGAAGCAGCCGUAAAAAAAACCAAGGGAUGUUCUCACUUAGUCGUUGCUCCAUUUCCCCAUGGUUCCUUUCAAUACGUGUACAUGGCUUCUUCCCAAAGUAACCUUAAUCCUUUAUUGCGUGCAGUAGCUAUUAAACUGUGGCUGUCCGCGGAGAUCCCUUGCAAGCACCUCAGUCCUCCUUGGGAUGCAGCACUGCAAGGAAGCAGAUUUAAAUCCCAAGGCUGUCACAGGUGCUGUGUCUCGAUGGCAGCUUCUCAGGUAGCAAAGAUGCAGGUGUGCGGAUGAGAAUCAGGAAGAAGUUAAAGAUCGCACAGGGCUUUGCAUCACAACAAAUUGUUGGGGCUGUGCCAGAGCAGACAAGAAGGGCUGUUGCACACAUAACACAUAGAUAACUUUUGGGAUUCAAUAAUAAUAAUAAUAAUAUUUUUUAUUUAUACCCCGCCCUCCCCAGCCAAGACCGGGCUCAGGCGGCUAACACCAGGUAUAAAAACAAUUGAUUAAAAUACAUUAAAAUACAGCCUCAUUUCAGUAGAAACUCAAAUAAAAAACUUUUGGGGCAUGAAAAUGUCAAAUCUUCACCAAGGCUAACUAUCCAGACUGGAUAUUUAUUCAUUAGCAUGGCAUGCCAUAAAGCCAUUUAUUCAUUAGCAUGGCAUGCCAUAAAGCCACUUCCGACGUAGAAAGGAGGUGGGGUUGCGGGCUUCUCCCUCCCACCAUGCACGUCGGGGCUGGCUCUCAGCCUCGGUGCAAUUGAAGCAAUCCCUGAUCGGGUCAUCCCCUGGCCAGCCAAUCGGCUAGCCUGGGGGGCGUGGCCUGCUCCAUUUAAUGCAGGGACAGCCAGGGAUCUCCUUCUUUGCCGCUUCCAGCUGCUCCAGUUUCCCACCCUUCCACCCUUUAAGGUUUUCGUCUUUGACCUUGCUAUGGACCUCGGUUGGUCGCCGUUAAGGGGCCUGGUAGGAAUUUUUUUCCACUUGGCAAAUUGGCACCAGCCACUUGGUUUUUUGCCUACCUCGUAGCAAAUCUUCACAACUUUCUUGGUAUUGGCGGUUAGGCAUUGGUAUUGGUAUUGUUAUGUAGAUGGAAGGGGGGGAGGAAGCGCCAUCACCUCCCCUGCAUAUUGAAGGGUAGUCCGAUAAAGGAUUCUGGGGGGCAUGGCCCUAUCCGAAGCCUGUGGAGUUGAGUGCCUAAGGCAUGCCCCUGAGCGGUGACCCUGGGGGAGUCCCUAGUUGAUGUGCAUCAGCAGGACUUCCCCUACUGGUGGUUAACCCUUCCUGGACUUCAAGCAGACGGGCUGGAGUCGGAUAUAGUCGGUUAGGACCAGUGCCUAAGCCAAUAUCGCUCAUCACCUGUAACCAAUAAAUAUCUGUGUCAUGUGUCUUUAUUUCCACUGGGGGGAGGCGGGAACUCACCACACAAGUGGAGUGGAAAUGAGAAUAUGAGGAUAAACAAUAGCCCCCUGUUAUUAGUCAGCAAAUGUUAGCAUAUGAUUUUGCUUUAAAAUCACAUUCUCCUUACGUUUCAGCUGAUUACUUGCCAUGGAAGCAGCCCAAAAGGGACAUGAUUAAGCCGCCACACACUUUCCGCCCAGCAGAAGAUAAAUUUGACUGUCGGACCACGCACCAGGAUGAGUACCUUUACAAGGGCCCAGUGAUUACAAAGAGCUGCAAACCUUUUAGAUCGCCACACAUUACAAAGAUACCCUUAGACAGUAUGACCAACUAUAAGUUGAAUUACGUGGCACACCCCUUGUCCAAACGUCACGCCCAUGUCCCUGAGCCAUUCAAGCCCAGCGAGGAGCCAUUUGAUGGUCUCACCACCCACAAACAGUCCUACAAAGGGCUGGCAGGGCCCCCCGCUCAGUCCGUGAAGCCCCCUUACGUGAGGCCGGACCUUGCCAAUUUUGAGGGGACUACCGAAUUCCGGGAAAAGUUCUUAGCUUGGCCAACGGCCCCACCGGUCAGCAGGAAGCCUGCCGCAUACACACCGCCUAAGGAGAAGAUGGACCUCAAGACGAUGGCGCAGAUUCAUUACGUCGACCCUCACGGCCGCCCGGCAACGUCCUGCAAACCCCUGGCCCGUGUCGUGACCAACACAGAUCCCUUCGACCACUGCUCCACCAUGAAGGAGGAUUAUAAGCAUUGGGACUAUUCGAAACCGAAGGCCAUUGUUCCUCACUGCGAGGUCACGUUGCCCAAGGUCCCCAUGGACACCUUGACCACCUUCCAGAGCCAUUACGUGCCUCACCCGCUUCCAUUCACCAAGAGCUUCAAGCCCCGGCUGCCGGCCGCUCGGCCUCAUGUCCCGUUUGUUGACGAAACCACCUACGCCACGUGCUACACACCCAAGAAAGUCCACAUUUGCCCUGCCACGUACAAAGAGCCGCCCGGCUACGUAUUUGAGAAGAUCGAUGAAGCAGGGCACAGGCGGUUCCGUCCUGCUACGGUGGCCCAGGACCGAUGUGCGUCCAGUUUGAAUAUUGGGGACCGUAGAGGCAGUCUUCCUGGCGGCAGCUUCAGUCAAACGGGCCUCAAAGAGAUUGCGAUGAAAGCCUGAUGUUUUUCGAGCUAGUUUUCAACACACCACUGAAUUUAUUCGUUGAUGGAUGGUAUUGGUAUCAUGUUUAUUUCCAGAGGCUUGUCGCCCUUCUGGUAGAGCUGAAUAAAUCUCUAACAUUCUAGGAAA